GUCCACAGCAUGCUCAGAGUUUUAUCUUACUCUUGCUAGAUCCUUCAACACUGGGCUUUGAUCCUGAAAUUAUUUUCCGCGGCAGGAUCUUCUGGAUUGCACCUACGUAGUGAUGGCAGCUGGAACAGCCUUGAUUUAUGAUGGUGAAAUGAUCAAUCAUAAGCUACUAUGGGAAGACCCAAACUGUGAUGUGGAGGUCCCUGAACGGCUUUCUUCCUGCUAUGGCCGCCUUCAGCACUAUAACCUGAUUGAAAGAUGCAUUUCUGUCUCUGCCAGAGAAGGAACUGAGAGUGAAAUCAGGCUGAUUCACAGUAUGGAUUAUGUGGAAAUUGUGAAGAGCACUGAGAAAAUGGAAGAAGAAGCGCUUCAAAAAGUCUCUGCUGAAUAUGAUGCUGUUUACUUUCAUCCAACAACAUAUCGUUGUGCCAAACUGGCUGUGGGAGCAACACUGCAACUGGUAGAUGCUGUGAUGUCAGGAAAGACCCGUAAUGGCUUGGCUCUAGUAAGGCCUCCAGGUCAUCAUAGUCAAAGAAGUGCAGCCAAUGGAUUUUGUAUCUUCAAUAAUGUUGCUAUUGCAGCAAAAUAUGCUCAAAGAAAAUACGGCCUGCAAAGAAUCCUCAUUGUUGACUGGGAUGUGCAUCAUGGACAAGGAAUUCAAUACGCAUUUGAUGAUGACCCAAGUAUUCUCUAUUUUUCCUGGCAUCGGUUCGAACACCAGAAAUUUUGGCCUUGGCUCAGUGAAUCUAAUUAUGAUGCGGUUGGUCAGGGGAAGGGAAGAGGAUUCACCAUAAAUGUUCCUUGGAAUCAGGUUGGAAUGGGAAAUUCAGAUUAUUUGGCUGCAUUUCUUCAUGUUUUGCUUCCAAUAGCUUUUGAGUUUGAUCCAGAACUUGUUUUGGUUUCUGCUGGAUAUGAUUCUGGAAUAGGCGAUCCAGAGGGGCAGAUGAAAGCAACUCCAGAAUGCUUUUCCCAUCUUACUCAUUUUCUAAUGAAUUUAGCUAAAGGAAAGUUGUGUGCAGUUUUAGAGGGUGGAUAUCACUUAAGGUCACUAUCUGAAUCAGUCUGCAUGACUCUAAAAGCUUUGUUUGGAGAUCCUUUGCCUCCUUUGUCUGGUGAAAUGAUGCCUUGUUUAAGUGCAAGGGAAUCAAUUCAGAAUGUGAGAGCUGCACAUAAACCAUAUUGGAAGUGUUUGACAUACGAAGAUGUAACUCCAGUGCAAGAUCUCAGUACUAGGUCCUGUCAAGCAGAGGAAGCUGAGCUUACACAGACCAAUGUGGAACUCCCAAGUUCUCAAGAAGUCGGAAAGGGAGACGUCAAUGAAGUCAUCAAAACAGAUAGGUUUUUGGAGAUGCACAUGAAAAGCAUUUUGUCUUUGAAACCCCCUAUUAAAACAGCAGCAGCUAUUGAUGAGAGUGAUACACACCUGCUCCCACCAACUGUUCACAUUCCAAAUGGACUGGAUGUGAAAGAGUUCAAAGCAACUAUCAGUGCAUUUGAUGUGAAAAAAGAGGCCCUGAGCUCACUCUUGAACAUGCUGGCUGUCCUUAACAAAAUCAUUAAAAAGGAGGUGAUCAAUGGGCUUGCAGUUUCAUCUACACCUUCACUUGCUUCUGCCAUUGCGGUAGCACAUUGUAGAAACCUGAAGGUACAAAAAGUCCUGUGCGUAUUUGUUGGUGACAUGGACAUGAAAAUUGAGUUGGAUAAUGGCAAAGUCCUCUUAAUCAAUAUUUGUGCUAAACAUUCUGAACAAGUUAACACCAAACACAAUAUCUCUCUCAACUGGAAAGAAGAUCCUAAAACAAACAACUUCUUCUCUGCUACCUUUGGAUUUAUUCUUCCAGUCGCGUACAGCUAUCAGCCUAAUUUAACCAUUAUAGUUGUUGGACCAAACCAGAACCUUGGCAAAAAUAGAAUUUCCUUGCUUAUUAAUUUACUGCAAGGAUUAGCAAACUCUCAGAUACUCGCUGUAAUCCAGGAUACUGAAGAAAAAAUAAUGCAAAAUAUAACCAACAUCUUGACAGGUGAUUUUAUAACCAACUUUGGUACCUUUGCACCGGAUUUAAAGGAGAAUAUGGAAAUGGUAAAAGAAUUAAGAGAGCAAUUUCAACAGGAAUGGAAAUUGCUUCAGUGUUCAGCAAAGAACUUCAAAGAUGAAAAGUAAUCUUUAUUUCAACAAUCUCUUCUCCCACAUGAAAACAAACGAUCAGAACAAGAUAAGCUUUAGAAUAAAAGGGCACAAAAUGUUCCUGAACUGAUUUUUAUAUAAU